CGGGCAAAUGGCAAAGGGCCUACCUUUUUCUUUUUGUUUUGCUUUCUUCUUCAUCAAGACAAAGAUCCCAAACUUGGGAUGCCUCAAAACAUCAUCUGUUUUCUGCCUUUCCCUCUUCUGCACGGAUGAGAUCUUGGGCAGAUCAUAACAUGGGUUCAGGCAAAGAAUUGCAGCUAAUCUAUCCUUGAUCACCUCACUGUUUCAAAGGCUAAAGCACCACCAUCUUUGAACAAUAUGCUGAAAUCUGCGAGGAAGAGCUGGAAGCGCAAGCCCAAACCAGGAGAGGAGGCGCAGCACUCAGGGCCCCUGGCAGAUGAGUCCUUGGCAGCGCAUGCAGAUGAUCCCAUUGGCCCCCCUCCCCCUCGAACCAAUGUCAUGAUGUGGUGCUCUGUAAUCUUCUGUGCCGUCGUCUGCAUUAUCAUUAUCCUUGGUGGUCUUGUAGUCCUAAUUAGCUACUUAGCCUUUCAUCCCCACAUACCCAAAUUCAAUGUGAUGAGAGGGAGCCUCAACAGUAUCAUUCUGGACCAAAGCUUCAUUCUGAGCUCUGAUGCCACCCUCCUCAUUGAAGCCCACAAUCCCAAUGACAAAAUCCAGAUUACUUAUGAAUACAUCAAGUUUGAGCUCCAGUUUGAGAAGCGCACGAUAUCCAAAGUAAGCUUGGUGAAUGCCCAAAUCAUUCAACCGCCCAAGAACACCACGGGGUUUCUUCUUGACAUGAACACUGUGGCAUUGCAAUUGGAGGCCAGGGAAGGUGAAGAUCUCAGUGUUUUGUUACAGAAGAACCGGAUUGAUUUCGACUUGAAAGGGACCAUCAAGACCAAGUCCAGGUUUGGGAGUAUUACUUCUGUCAAAUAUUGGGUGUAUACUUCUUGUAAGUUGGCUUUUAGCCCUCCCCCUGUUGGUAAUGGCACUCUUCUCACCCGCCAGUGUAGCUCAACCAAAUGAUUUGGGUAUAGCAAAAUUGCUUCUGUGUUUUCUUGUAUCUUUUUAGUUUUUGUAUUUGUUUUUUAAGACAAGUGCAGUAAACAGCCCAAUCAAUGCCGGUCCUAUAUUAGGUGUUCUUGUUUGUAGCUCAGUUUGCGGUGAUCAAUGGGCUCUGUGCAUUAUUGUAUAGAAUUAAGUUGUUUUUUUGUGAAAAUCACCUUGAAAUGAUUUCAAAGGGCGGGUGGUUUUUUCAACAUUGUAUAAUUAGGAGUUGUGAUGGAAUUACAAUGAACAAUUUGUAAUGCUGUAUAACUAGCAUUACAAGAAAUGGGUGUAGAGUUCAUAACUGGUUGCCGGGGCCAAGCUCAGGAGAGAGUUCAUGGACUGCAUUUUCUAAGGCCGUUGCCAUAUGUCUGGUCAUAUAAAAUUGUGAUGAUUAAGGCUUUUUUACAAGCCUAAAGCUAAUUUCAUGUUUAUGCAGAUUCUGCUAAUAAAUUAGCUCAAGAUGAAAAUUUGAUA